AUGUCGACGCCGGACAUGGCCGCACCACCCGCUGCAGGGCAUCGACGCAACAAAUCCGCCUCAGUGCUCAAGUCCAUUAUCGUAAACAAAGGCCAUAGGCGUUCGCCAACCGACGGCGGUGCGCUGCAAAACAACCAGAUAGCCAACCCGACGUAUAUACCUGUCUCCAACUUCCAGGCGCCGUUGCUGCCGCCAGACCACCCCCAUAGCCAAUUGCGCGCGGCAAACCAAACAGAGAACGUUGCCCUCAAUCCGCCCUCGCCUCGCAAGUCGCAGGACGCCAAAUCGAGCCCGAAGAAGAGCCUGCACAAGAAGACGCUCAGUUCUGUAUCGCUGCGGUCACUGGCAAAGAAGGAGGACAAGCCGGCCUACAAGAAGUCGCUCGACACGCGGCGACCGCAGGAAGAGGCGGAGACGGGCGAGAAGCCCAAGAAAACAAAGUCGUCGACCAACUUGGCUGCCAUGUUUGGCAAGGGGAGGAGAGAAAAGUCGCCCGUCAAGGAGAGUAGAGACAAGGAGAACACCACACCACCCCGCUCCUCGCAUGCGCACGCCCCACCCCGCACUCCCAUCUGGGCCGAAUUCAGCUCCCAGCAGGAAGUCACCACCACGAGCAAAGUCCCCCUCAACGACCAGCGACGGAGCGUCGACGAGGAAAUCUCCCGGUACACCCCACAAGACUACUCGCCCACCAAACAACGCAACUUCUUCGAUAUCGGCCAGCCUUCCAUCCGACCCGCCCAGAAAGAGCGUCCCAAGUCCAUGUUUGUUCCCAAGUCGACUUCUACCGCGUCGUUGCUCGAGACCUUCUCACGCAAGCGGAGCAACGAGCGCAUUCCUCUGUCAGACACCAAGGGCAACGAGGGACGCACCAGAGAAAGCUCUCCUGUAAAGCCGGCAAGGCCCGUACUCAGUAGAGCGAGUACCGACACUGGCAGCAAGGACUACAGCCUCAAGCCCAUGGCGCCUCCACCAAGCCCUACAAAGAAGCAGAACCGAGUCAUGGCUGCUGUCGCUGCUUUUAACGGAAAGUCCAAGCAAGCUGGUGGUGCUCCGGCUUCUGCCAAACCUGAUCCAAAGGUGGUAGAUGCCGAGUUCGAGGAGGUCUUGGAAUCUCGAAACAUCCCCGCUCACCAGCGUGCGCAGAUGCGGACAUUGAAGCUCGAGGUCAAGGCCGACUUUGUUCGAAUGCACAAGCUUGACAUACCUCAAACCUCAAAAACAAGCUCUGCACACUCUUCCAUUGGUGAGAACACCAAGUCAGCAGCUCAGAAGUCAUCCAAGUCACGACACGGAUCUGCUGCCGAAGAUGCACAGGAUGAAGCACAAGCGGACAAUUCAGCCAACUCAACUAAGCGUGAGCGUCCAAGGAGCCGGACAUUCACUUUCAACAGAAGUGACUCCCCUACGAAGAAGCAGAAGGGCGACUUGGGCGAACGGAAGACGUCAUCAAAACCGGCUCCCAUCCCCAAGUCCCCCUCCAUGAGAUCUCUGAGGUCCAAUGCCUCCGAUCGAUCUGUGUCCAACGGAGCUAAAUCAGUAAAGGCCGACGAGUUCAUCUCCUACUUGAAGAAGACACCCAAACCACAAAAUGUCGAGGUUGGCAAGCUGCACAAGCUCCGCCUGUUGAUCCGCAACGAGACUGUCGACUGGGUUGACAACUUCAUUCAGGAUGGUGGUAUGACUGAGCUGGUUGCUCUCCUACACCGUAUCAUGGAGGUCGAAUGGCGCGAGGAUCACGAAGACACUCUUCUCCACGAACUUCUUCGAUGUCUCAAGGGACUCUGCACGACUGCCACCGCUCUCAAACAGCUCAACGAGAUCUCACCGACACUGUACCCGGCAUUGUUGGCUAUGCUUUUCGACGAAGAGCACAAAGGUCCGAGCGAGUUUACUACGCGUGAACUUAUCAUCGAGAUCAUCUUCGCGCAUAUCUCUAUGGCACCAGAGGCUGAACUGGAAACUCGUGCUACAGAGCUGAUGAAGUAUCUCAAGGACCCAGUCAAGGAGAAGCAGGCGUCAACGGUUCCGUUCAUUCUCCAGAUGCACCAACCACGGCCAUACCAGGUCUGGUGCAAGGAGCUGUCCAACGUUACCAAGGAGGUCUUCUGGAUCUUCAUCCACCACCUCAACGUCAUCCCUGUUCCACCUAGGCCAACUGGUGACAAGUCUUAUGCUAAGACUCACUUCCCUGGUCAACGUGCCAUUGUGCCAGCUGCACCGUACGUCGGUGGUGUAGAAUGGGAUGCGACCAAUUACCUCGCCACACACAUUGACCUCCUCAAUGGUAUCAUGGCUUCGCUACCAACCCGCUCCGCGCGCAACGAAUUCCGCCAAGAACUCAAAGUCUCUGGCUUUGAGAAACUGAUGGGUCACCUCCGCGCAUGCAACCCCAAGUACUACGGUGCUGUUCACGACAGUGUCAGGGUCUGGAUCGGCGCCGCACUCGAAGAUGACUGGGAUGUCAAGACUGUACGCAUGGGCUCUGACGGCAACGUGAGCCCUGCCAAACAAAGCCCCAAGAAGAAGACGGAGCCUCCACCACAACUCCAGGCACCACCUAAGAUGGAUGUCGGUCUUGGUCUUGGACUGGGCUUCGAGAGGGAGAUUGCGAUUGGCAACACGAGCAAAUUGGAUGACGAUUGGAUUUAG